AAAGACAGCUCAUGAUAGCAGCUGCACUGAAGCUGUCCGAGGUGUUCUACAUUAAUUCUGGUUACAUCUCCUGUGUUUUCUUCUGCAACUAAGACCACACAACUGCCAUUUUGGGUUUUUCUCUGUUUGCAAAGAAUGGCUUCGAGGUGUGAAGAAGACCUGUGCUGCCCCAUCUGCCAUGACAUCUACAAAGACCCUGUGAUUUUGAACUGCACCCACAACUUCUGCAGAGCCUGUGUGGAGAGCGAGUGGAGAACAAAGCCAAGAAAGUGUCCACUGUGUUCGAAGAGACACUCUAAAGAACUACCUCCAAACAUACCUCUGAGGAAUAAGUGUCAGGUUCGCCUACGGCAAGAAAGAGUUUGUAAGCUUCAUAACGAGGACCUCAAACUCUUCUGCAGAGACCAUCUCCAGCCAGUUUGUUUAGUCUGUAGAGACUCGGAACAACACAAUGGGCAUACAAUCCGACCCAUCAAUGAGGAAGCUCCAAUUAUUCGGAAAAAACUUGAAGAUAAACUAAAACCGCUGAAAGACAAGAUUCAAGAGUUGAGUAAAAGCAAACAACUGUUUACAGAAUCUGCGUCUCAUAUAAAAUCCCAGGUGUGUUUAACUGAGACUAGAAUCAUCAAGCAUUUUCAGAGGCUCCACCAAUUUCUUGAAAAGGAAGAACGGAAUCGAAUCCAAGCUCUGAGAGAGGAAGAGAAGCAGAAGACAAAGAGACUGGAGGACAAGAUAGCAGAGAUCGGCAAAGAGAUACAAGCUCUGUCUGAGAUCAUCGCAUCCAUAGAGAAGCAGCUAGAAGUUCCAGAUAUCUCCAUCCUGCUUAAAUACAAGGCUACCAAAAAGAGAGUGAAGCACUGCCCCCUUAUGGAGACACCAAAGUUGGGCUCGGGAGCUGUGAUAAACCAGGCCAAACAUCUAGGCAACCUGGAUUUUAACAUCUGGAACAACAUGAAGAACCUGGUGGAGUUCUACCCUGUCAUUUUGGACCCUAACACAGCACAUCCAGAACUAACAUUGUCCGAGGAUUUAACCAGCAUAAGAUGUGUAAACGAACAAAGAAUUCCAGAUAUUCCUGAACGAUUUGCUUCUUAUGACCGCGUCCUGGGAUCAGAAGGGUUUAGUUGUGGUAAUCACAGUUGGGAGGUCGAAGUGUCCGGUAAAGAGUACUGGUCAGUAGGUGUGGUCAGUGAGUCUGUACAAAGAAAAGGAAAAAUGGAUGCUGGGAAUUGGGAAAUCUAUUUUAUAAAUGGUAAAUACAAAGUCGUCUCUCGGCCAGACACGUUUAAACAAUUGGACGUUCAGAAUCUGAGCACAGUGAGAGUGAACCUGGACUAUGACAAAGGAACAAUUUCGUUUUAUAAUGCAGACACCAAUGCGCGCUUAUACAAGUUCACAUGUAGUUUCUCUGAGAGGCUGUUCCCAACCUUUCUGACCUAUAACACUGCCCCACUCAAGAUUUUGCCUUCCAAGCCCUAUUUAACCAUCUCAUCUGCUCUUUAACCAACAAUAUUAUCAAUCUAUAAGUUUUAUUCUUUAAGUUUUAGUUUUAUUUAUUUAUUUAUUUAACUGCUAAUGGUAAUGAUGAACUGAUAGUCUUAUAAUGUAAUUGUAAUGAAAUGUGUAUUUUAAUGUGUGUUCACCUGCCCAGGGACUGCACAUGGAAAGUAGCAGUAGCAAAAUCUGGUACAAAUCAUCUUUUCUUUUGUAAGAUUAAUGAAUUUGUACAUGGUC